UCCGGAUCUCAGAGCGCAGAGGACCGGAGGACCGGAGGACCGGAGGACGGCCGGCGGCCCGGAGGCUCACAGGGAUGUACAGUAAACACAGGCAGAAAGAUGGACGGACAUGUGUCUCCGCACGCGCACGGCUGCUGCUUCUGCUGCUCGUGCUGAUCGGCUCCGCGCACUCAGCGCGUGCACGCUCUGUAGAUCCCGGGCGGCUCGCUGGGAGGACGGUGACGGCACGGUGGAUUUCCCAAGGCCGAUCCAGGAGAGACUCGGAGACCAGCUCACAGGAGAAAUACCCGGCCCGAGGGGAAGUCCUGCUCUCAUCCAGCGACCUGCAGCUUCUGCUGCAACUGCAUCACAACCAUGAGCUGUUGUCUCCGGACUUCACAGAGGUCUUCUACACAGCCGAUGGGCAGCAGGUGACCGUGAGCAACCACAGCCAGACGGAUCACUGCUUCUACCACGGCCAUGUGAGAGGACAUCCGGAGUCCUGGAUCGCUCUGAGCACAUGUGCAGGACUCAGGGGUCUGAUCUCCUUGAAUUCCAGUGACACCUUCUACCUGCAGCCGGCUGGAGGUGUGGAUCCUGUCCGUCACUCUCUGACGGAGGCGGGCCGGAUGUCCCUGACAGGAGGACGCUGUGGACACAGCCAGCCGUCCUUCACCGCGCCCACAUGGCUUCACUCCAGGGUUAAGAGGAACAUCUGGGGAACCACCAAAUACCUGGAGCUGUACAUCGUGGCUGACAACACUCUGUUCAAACGGCAGAAUCGUGACUAUGAAAAGACCCGGACCCGGAUCAUGGAGAUCGCCAAUUAUGUGGACAAGUUCUACAGGAAUCUGAACAUCCGGGUCCCUCUGAUUGGUCUGGAGGUGUGGACAGACCGGGAUCAGUGUAUCAUCAGUGAGGAGCCCAACGCCACGCUCUGGUCCUUCCUUCAGUGGAGACAGAAGCUGAAAUCCCGCAAGAAGCACGACAACGCUCAGCUGCUGACGGGUGUCAUCUUCAAGGGGACGACCAUCGGCAUGGCGCCGCUGGAGGGGAUGUGCAGCCUGGAGAACUCGGGCGGCAUCAACGUGGACCACUCGGAGCUGCCGGUCGGGGCGGCGGCCACCAUGGCUCACGAGAUCGGACACAACCUGGGAAUGAGCCACGACCACGACGGCUGCUGCGUGGAGGCCACGGCGGAGCAGGGCGGCUGCGUGAUGGCUGCUGCCACGGGACACCCGUUUCCCCGAGUCUUCAGCCGCUGCAGCCAGCGCGACCUGGACAGCUACUUCCAGAAGGGGGGGGGCAUGUGUCUCUACAACAUGCCCAACAUGAAGGACCUGGUCGGGGGCAAGAGGUGUGGGAACGGCUUUGUGGAGGAUGGAGAGGAGUGCGACUGUGGAGAACCUGAUGAGUGCACCAAUGACUGCUGCCACUCCAGCAACUGCACCCUGAAGGAGGACGCUCAGUGUGCUCACGGAGUGUGCUGCGAGGGCUGCCGAUUGAAGCAGGCCGGUACGAUGUGCCGGGGCCCUGCCGGGACCUGCGACCUGCCGGAGUACUGCACCGGGGCGUCCCCCUACUGCCCCGCCAACGUCUACCUGCUGGACGGGUCGUCCUGCCAGAGCGGCCUGGCCUACUGCCACAACGGCAUGUGCCUCACCCACCAGCAGCAGUGCCUGCAGCUGUGGGGCUACGGCGCUCGGCCAGCCCACGAUGCGUGUUUCCAAGACGUGAAUGCAGCAGGAAAUGCUUUUGGCAACUGUGGAAAAGAUGAACAUGGAAACUACAUGAAGUGUGACAAGAGUGAUGCUAAGUGUGGUAAGAUCCAGUGUCUCAGUGCUGCUAAGAAGCCCAAAGGUACCAACGCGGUGUCCAUUGACACCACCAUCAGAACCGACGGGGUGGAGGUCAAGUGUCGUGGUACUUACGUCUACAGCACACAUGAGGAUCAGGGCGACCUGCCUGACCCCGGCCUCGUCAUGACCGGCACCAAGUGUGGAGAGGGCAAGGUGUGCAGAGACCGCCGCUGCCAAAACGCCUCGUUUACUGAGCUGGAGACCUGCAUCACACGCUGCCACGGCAACGGGGUGUGUAAUAGUAAUGGGAACUGCCACUGUAAUCGAGGCUGGGCUCCCCCCUUCUGUGAGAAACCAGGACUGGGGGGUAGUGUGGACAGUGGGCCGGUUCAGUAUGACAGUCAGGUGGGCCUGGUGGUGGGCCUGGUCUUUGCCUUCCUGGUGGUCCUUCCUGCAGUGCUGCUGCUCUUCUACUGCUACAGGAUCAAGACAUCCUUUUGCCAUAAGUGGUGGUCACAGAGGGAGAAGAACGACAACAGGAACAAGGCAUCUGAUGGUAAAGGAAAGAACUGCCAUCUGAAUCCAGCCUUCCACCUGAAGGUCGUGGGACAGAGCAGUAAAGCCGGUGGACAGAAGGUUCCUCACUCCAGCAAAGAGGUCCUCCCCCUCAGACCGAACCCUGUGCAGAACGGUGCCCAGCCGGUCAAUGUGGUCCGACCCCUGAGACCCGUUCAGUCCCCUCAUGGUGCUGCUCAGAGACUCAAGGUGGUCCGUCCACCUGUAGCAACCAGCAAGCACCUGGCGCCUGCAACAACCCCCCCCCAACAUCCACAGAGACUCAGCCCGCCCCAGAAACCUUUACCCCUCAACCCGGUACGACCCUCAACGCUGGCAGCGGACUUGCAGUCCCGACCGUCCCCCUUCCCCCCUCAGAGGCCGCUCCCUCUCAGCCCAGCCAGAGGACCCCAGCUCACUGUGAGUCCCCGGACCGCUGUGUCCAGACCCUCCACGGGCCUGAUGGUCGUGAUGCCGCCGCCUGCAGGAGGGAAACCCCAGGCCAAGAUCUCAGCCAUGCCUUCUCUGAGAGCUCUCAGACCGGUUCCAGGAGCCAAGCCAAACACAGCCUUGUCUCGGGCUCAGAAGUGACCUUGUGUGACCUCCUGUGACCUCCAGCGUUGGACUGCCUUUUUGCACUAUGGAGCAGUGUGAGGAGAAGCGCCAGCAGCCCUUCAGGCUCCUGAAGUCCUGCCGACGGAGACGGCUGCUUCCCUGAGGACAGAGACAUGUCCAAACCAGCUUUUAUACCUGUGUGUUUUUUAUGGUGUGAUGUCUGCAUAAGAAGCUUUUUCUCA